AUGAACGAGACGAUCCGGCGGCAUCCUUGGGAGCGCACCGUCGACAAGCAGCGCGUCGGGUGCGACGGCGUGGAGAACAAUAAAUUCGUGCUCUGGCCGGCGCGCGACGGCGUCGUCGGCCAGCGCGCCACGGUGCGCGUCGGCCAGGUCGAGCUGGUGCGUGGGGCGCCGCUCUGCGACGACGCGAAGUGGCGCCUGCCGGAGGGCUGCUGCGGCGGCGAUUUGGCCGUCGUCCGGGACCGGCUGCUCGUGGUCCCGCCGCGGGCGCUCUCCGGCGACCUCGUCGACGCGACGGCCGCCGCGGACGCGUUGGACGCCGCGCUGGGCUGGCGGCCGGCGCCCCACGAGCGCUACCGCGUCGUCGCCUGGCGCGCGUCGGAUUCGUGGCGGUACAACGCGAAACGGCAGAUCUGGAGCGGAGGGUACUAUCGGGACGACGAGCUCGCGGCGCACAACGCGUCGCCCUGCGUGGCGCCGCGCGCUGGCGACGGCUUCGCCUUUGCCGCGCUCGUCGACGCGCGCCGGCGCGCCGGAGCCCUCAAGUGGGAACUCGCGAGCGCGGACGAGACGUCCGUCUUCAAGGUCCUCGUCGUCGACGUCUCGGCCCGCGCGGUCCUCGAGGCCAUCGACGUCGUGGCCCUCCGGCGCAAGACGAACGCGAAGCUCGCGGCGCGCGCCAAGAAGGCGCGCAACGCGGCCGCCGACAAGGCGAUCACGCGCGAGACCUGCGAGAACGUCUCCGAGAAGACGGCGCGGCGGGACUUCCGGCAGGCGCUGCCCCUCGUGCUGGAGCUCGUCGUCGCCGGCGGCGCGCCGGUCCGCGCGCUCGGCGUCGUCGCCUGCACCUGCCGCGGCGCCCGGGAGACCGUCGCCCGCGUCGCCGACGGCCGCGUCGCGAAGGUGGAUUUCGCGAACGUCUGGUCGCACAAGACCGUCAGCGACAACGACGCGCUGCCCAAGGACACGGACAACCGGAGCGCGCGCCGGCCGCUCCACUACAUCGAUUCGCUCCUGUCGCGCGCGGAGCCGUUGGAGACGUGGCGCGGCCGCGUGAAACGCGGGAGAUGCUACCGCGACGCGACCUUCGCGACGCUGCUCAAGAAGCUGACGCGGGACCGCGCCCUGGACCCCAUGCACUGGGGCCAGAAGCUCUUCUGCGCGGAGCGGCCCGAGUGGGCCCGCGCGAUCCCCCACCACUGGCCCGCGCACCGGCUCCGCAACCUCCUCGGGCUCCUCCGCGCCUUCGCCGAGGCCCUGCCCGAACCGCUGCGCUCCCACGACGCGCUCAUCAUCUUCGCCGACGACUUCGUCCACGCCUCGCCGGAGACCGCCGCCCUCUCGGCCGCGGACAAGGAGUCCGAGAGCGCGCGCACCGCGCGCGUCCUGAGGAUCGUCGCCGAGCGCGGCGGCGCCCCGACGGUGUACCGCGCCCGCGACGCGUUCAAGCGCCCGCUCGCGAUCGAGAGCGAGCCGCGCGCGUUGCACGUCGCCGUCUUCGCGCUGCGCCAGGCCCGGUCCACCGGGUCCGGCGGCGCGGUCAGCGCGAAGCCGCCGCCCCAGCAGCGCAAGGUCUCCGAGUUCUUCGCGCGCAAGUAA